AUGGCAGCCAUGACAAUCACCACCUCGAGCUUCCUCAAGACCUCAUUCCCUGGCGUUUGCAUUCCGGCAGCCACUCGCACCCCCUCCUGUGCCGCCACCCGGCGCACCGGGGCCAUCUGCAACUCCAUCUCCUCCUGCACCCCUCCCUAUGAUCUCAGUUCCUUCAAGUUCAGCCCCAUGAAAGAAUCUGUCGCCUCCCGUGAGAUGAUCCGACGGUACAUGACCGACAUGAUCGCCGAUGUCAACACCGAUGUCAUCAUCAUCGGAACUGGCAGCGCGGGACUGUCCUGCGCCUACGAGCUCUCCAAGGACCCGUCUGUUAACAUCGCCAUCAUCCAACGGUCCGUUUCCCCUGGCGGCAGCGGCUGGCUCGGCAGCCAGCUCUUCUCCGCCAUGGUCGUGCGCAAGCCGGCGCACCUCUUCCUCGAUGAACUCAACAUCGAGUACGACGAGCAGGAGGACUACGUGGUCAUCAAGCAUGCUGCGCUCUUCACCUCCACCGUGCUGAGCCGCCUCCUCGCGCGGCCCAACGUGAAGCUCUUUAACGGCGUCGUCGUGGAAGACUUGGUUGUCAAAGAGCAUCGCGUCACCGGUGUGGUCACCAACUGGGCGCUCGUGUGGAUGAACCAGGACACACACUCACAAACACAAUCACACAUGGACGCCAACGUCAUGGAAGCCAAGAUCGUAGUAAGCUCAUGUGGCCACGAGGGGCUAUUCAGUGCCAACGGAAAGGGAGUCAAACGGCUCGAGGACAUCGGAAUGAUCAAGACGGUGCCCCGAACCGGAAUGGAAGCGCUUGACACGAACGUAUCCGAGGAUGCAAUUGUUGGCUUAACCCGCGAGGUCGUCCCCGGCAUGAUCGUCGCUGGCAUUGAGGUUGCCGAGAUCGACGGGCCCCAGAGGAUGUGCCCAACGUUCGGCGCCACGAUUAUCUCCGGCCAGAAGGCAGCGCACCUGGCACUCAAGGCGCUCGGCCGUCCGAACGGCAUCGACUCGGAGACGGUCCCAGCGUGA